GAGGGACACACCCUGCUGCUCAUGCCCGUGCCACUCUACCAGGAGGAAGCUCGGGGCAGGAGCUGGGCCAAGCAGCAGCUGGCACGAUAUGGAGCGUCGGAGCAAGAUGGAAUUUUUCCAGAAACUGGGCUACUGCCAAGAGGACGUGGUCAGGGUGCUGGGCAAACUGGGUGACAGUGCCUUGGUCAAUGACGUGCUUCAAGAGUUGAUCCAGACCGGCAGCCGCCCGAGGGCCCAGGAGGAUCCAGCCAGUGGCACCGGGGUAGUGCUGAUUCCCCGGGGAUGCUGCGGGGUCCAAGACUCUGCCCAGCAGGGCCUGGGACCAGGCCUAGAAGAGGCUGACAGAGAUCCAGCCCGCUUCCUGCGGCCCAUAGUGAUCGAUGGCAGCAAUGUGGCUAUGAGCCAUGGAAAUAAAGAAGCCUUCUCUUGCCAGGGAAUUCGUCUGGCUGUGGACUGGUUCAGAGACAGAGGGCACACCUACAUCAAGGUUUUUGUCCCAUCUUGGAGGAAAGAGCCAUCAAGGUCUGAUACUCCUAUCAGAGAGCAACACGUGCUGGAGGAGCUGGAACGGCAAGCUGUGUUGGUGUAUACCCCAUCCCGCAAGGUGAACGGCAAGCGAGUGGUCUGCUACGACGACCGCUACAUCGUGAAGGUGGCCUAUGAGAAGGAUGGCAUCAUUGUCUCCAAUGACAACUACCGGGACCUGCAGAACGAAAACCCGGAGUGGAAAUGGUUCAUCGAGCAGCGGCUGCUCAUGUUCUCCUUUGUAAAUGACAGGUUCAUGCCUCCUGAUGACCCCCUGGGCCGCCGCGGACCAACACUAAGCAACUUCCUAAGCAAGAAGCCAAGGCCCCCAGAGCCAUCCUGGCAGCACUGUCCCUAUGGCAAGAAAUGCACCUACGGGGUCAAAUGCAGAUUCUACCACCCUGAGAGACCGCACCACGGGCAGCUGUCGGUGGCCGACGAACUCCGUGCCAAGACGCGGGCCUGGUCGGGUGGUGGCGCCGAGGAUCCGCGGCCACCAAGCGCCCGGAACCGUCCCGCAGCAGCCCGGCUGCUUCCCCGGGAGCCCGGCGAGCACGACCUCCCGCCAGCCCCGCAACCCGCGGCCCUAGCAGCUUUGAAUAAGAGCUUCGCUCGGCUGACCUUCAGCGACACCGCGGCCAGCGGCGUCGUGUCCCAGUCGCGUGGGCCGGACUGGAUGCCCACGGGUGUCCCCACGUCCUGGGCCCCGCCAUCCCUUCGCACGGGCAGCGCUGCCACCAUAGGAUCGCCAGGUCUGCGGAGCCUCGGGACUCCGAACAACCCGCUCUCUCCGGGCGAUCUCGGGUCCCCAAUCUGCCCACAGGCCCAGCUGUCGGACAGACACCGUUUCAGGGACAUGCACAGUGACCUGUCUUCCCAGCUCAGACCGCUGGAAGAUCCGUGGGCUCUCCGGCCCAGCUCCUAUCGUUAUCUGAGCCACUCGGUCUGGGCCGAGUCGGCUUGGGACGAGGACACCUUUAGAGGACCUUCGGGGUCAGGACAACCCGCCGCCAAUGGUGGGGAAACACGCGCUGCCCUCUGCAGCUUCUUCUCAUCUGACCAAGAGGACCCUGUGAUGGCCUCGGAUCCUCUGCUCUCAGACAAGGCUCUCCUCACCCUCCUGCAGAGAUCCCAAAAGACCGGUGCUCCGUUGGGGGAACCUUAGGAGACAGGUUCAUAACACUGCAAGGGGUGGUGGCCCAGGCUUGACUGGCAGCUUGAACGGGUGGGAUACAAGACGCUUGUUAGUCUGGAUGUGCCAUUGCGAUUGGACACCGUUUUUUCAAAGGUUUUCUUCAAUGGGAGACUUCUUUCUCGUCCUCAGUGGUGGAUACCCGUGGGAAUCUUGGUGAUGCUCCCUGAAGCCAGGACCCGCUGCAUGGACAGGGUGAUUUCUGCUGUGUAUGGAAGGCUUUGUCCAGAAUACAUCUGUAUUUGGUUCUAAGCAUCCACAAAUGUUUCAGCUGGUCAUCACUGCCAAACAAGGUGAUCAAGCUGAGUUUGAUAUAAACUCUUGUUGUGUAAGUGUGUGUGUGUGCGUGUGUGUGUGUGUGUAUGUGUGUUUAGAACUCUAGAAAGCCAUGAGAACUUAAUAUGUCAUUGUAGUUGAAAGACUGAAAAAUAUCUGGUAAGUCAAUCUUGACUUUUGCGGUGUCAAAUGAUGUUUAACAUACAUGCUCAGGUGACACGAGAGGGAAGGCCUCGCCGUCUGAGUUUUCAAGUCACUAUUGAUAAUUUCACUCAUAGGGGAACCCAGCCUUGUUGUGUCAAUUUUACUGUGGGGUUGUCCCAGGGGCACCCGAUCCCAAGGGUCUUCUCACUGGGGCUUUAUUCUUUUAGUACAUGCAUAUCAUAUUACCCAAACAUCACAACACACACACACACAUACACACACA